AUGUCUUCACACACGGUGAAGCGACGGAAGAUUAGCCCAGAACCGUCUGGUGCUCCUCAAUCCGACACCAAUCCUCAGACCGCCGCAACAACGACGACGACAGACUCAAAGGCAAAGAAGAGUGAUCACACCUCUUCUGCCCGCCGCAAUGACUUCUUGACGAAGGGCCUGUCAGGCAAUAAAGGAAAGGAUGAGCGAUCCGCUGAGCUUGCAAUGGCUAGUGGCCAUUAUAAGUCCAGCUUCUUCAAGCUGCAGAUGGAUGAGCUACUGACUGGCCUGAGACCGAACUACGACAAACAGAUCUCCAAGUUACAGGACACUCUGCACAAAUUGAAGGGCGCCAUUGAAAAUCUCCCCGAAAAAGCUCCCAAAUCUGCUUCAGAAGCGGAGAAGGAGCUUCGCACUGUUUCCGGCGGAGUCGCAGUCCCCUGGCCCGAACCCCGACCUGCAAAAGAUGCGAAAUAUACUAUGUCCUACGCGAAACCAUCAAACAUAAACGUGAUCGGAAGCUUUGCAUUGAAGAAUGGCACCAAAACUUCCGACCCUCGUCCAGUUGAUUUGGCGGUGACUAUGCCUAGCUCGAUCUUCCAAGAAAAGGACUACGUCAACCAUCGCUAUUUCCACAAGAGGGCAUACUAUGUUGCAUGCAUCGCAGCCGGGAUCCAGGACACCGCCAAUGCCCUUGAUUUGGAGGUCAAGUUUGGACACCAGGACGGAGACAGCCUUCGUCCUUUGAUUCUAUUGGAGCCUCGCCCUUCCACCAAAGGCAACAAAUCGACAUCAUCGCGCCCCCAAAUCCGAAUUCUGACUGCAAUCGAUCCUACUCUAUUUCCAAUCACCCGGACACAGCCCGCGAAGUGCAACAUCCGACAAGGCUCUUCCACCGACAAUGCGGAAAUUGGCGAGCCGACUCCAUUCUACAACGCAAGUCUUCGAUCCGAGGCCACAGUCUCCCUCUACCAUAAACAGCUCCACCUGGCUUCUCAAAAAUGCGAGUCAUUCCGCGACGCUUGUAUCCUGGGACGCACAUGGUUGCAGCAACGGGGCUUCCACUCUCCAUUCCAAAAUGGAGGGUUCGGUGGUUUCGAGUGGGCCGCGCUCGUGUCUCUUCUGUUUGAAGGCGGUGGCCCUACUGGCCAACCAAUUCUCAUGCGUUCCUACAGCAGCUAUCAAAUCUUCAAGGCCGUUGUGCAAUUCCUGGCUGGCCGAGACCUGACGACGCCUUUGCUAUUGAACGCCACCGACAUUCCUGUCUCUGGUAACGGUCCGGUACUGUACGAUGGUAGCAGGGGAUUGAACAUCCUAUACAAAAUGACUUCCUGGUCCUAUGCGUCCCUCCGCCAUGAAGCCAGUGUCACUCUCAAGAUGCUCAAUGAAUCCCGGGUGGACAAUUUUGACCGAGUCUUCAUUGUCAAGGUAGAUGAGCCGGCUUUGAGGUUUGACCGUCUUAUCUCCUUCCCCAAGUCAUUCCAUGGCGAUACCCUUCAAGCUCUUCGCGAACAGAAUGCGCUGUAUACUGUUCUUUCAAGAGCCCUUGGGGAUCGUGUCAAGCUCAUCUCCUUGACGAGCCAGUCUGCUGGCACUUGGUCGGUCCGCUCAAAGGCACCGAACAAGAAAGCAAGCAAUGAGCUUUCGGUGGGUCUUCUGCUCGACGCCGAUAAUGUCUCCCGCGUUGUCGACCAUGGCCCUGCCGCCGAAGAGAAAGAUGAAGCAGCAUCAUUCCGAGCUUUCUGGGGUAACAAGGCGGAGCUCCGACGAUUCAAGGAUGGCAGCAUUUUAGAGAGUCUUGUGUGGUCUGAUCAGCCUUCUGAUGAUUCCAUUGUGCAUCAAAUCUUGGUCUGCGCCCUGAACCGCCAUUUCCAGAUUCCGGAAGAUGAUUUCCUGCUUACUGGUGAUGAGUAUGACGACCUACUCUAUGACGAGGGCGACGAGAUUGUCUCGUACCAAAACCCCACGUUCCAGUCUAUCAAGGAGGCAUUUAGUGAAUUGGAGCAGUCAGUCCGAAGCAUGGAGGAAGUUCCAUUGGAAAUUCGACACCUUGCCCCAGCCAGUCCACUUCUUCGGUAUACUGCGCUUCGAGUACAAGGAUCCGCAGCCAAUGAACCGGCAGACGUUGUUCUUCAAUUCGAAAGUUCAUCACGCUGGCCCGAUGACUUCGCUGCCAUUCAAAUGACGAAGGCAGCUUUCCUCAUAAAAAUCGGAGAUUCUUUGAAGUCAACAGGUGCCGCAUCCUCAUGCCGCGUCGGCCUGGAGAACGAAACCAGCAAGAUCCUGAACAGCGGAUAUCUUGAUAUCGUCCACUCUUCUGGAUUCCUCUUCCGCCUUCGAAUUCACCAUGAGCGCGAACAAACCCUCCUCGAGCGCCAAUUGAAAGACAAGACCAUCAGCCCUCGGGAACGGGAAGAAGUUGCCCACGCUCUAUUCUCUUACAAGAAGAACUUCAUCCAAGCGCCCCGCUUGACCCAAGCGAUUCGCAGUCUUUGCACUCGAUUCCCAUUACUCUCCCCAACUAUCCGCCUGGUCAAGUUCUGGUUCCACUCCCACCUUUUCUCAGCGCACAUCUGUGACGAAUUGAUCGAGCUCAUCACGACCCGAGCUUUCACACAGCACUAUCCCUGGAACAGCCCCUCAAGCAUCAUGACCGGAUUCCUGCGGACAUUGCAUUUCCUUUCCCGCUGGGAUUGGCAACACGAGGCUCUAAUCAUCGAUCUUGCCGGUGAUUUAACCUCCGAGAUCACAGAGAAAAUCCGCACCCGAUUCAACGCAUGGCGUAACAUCGACCCGGCCAUGAACACACUUGCCCUUUUCGUCGCAUCCGACAUCGACAGCGAAGGCGUGACCUGGACGCAAUACGAAAUGCCGCCCAAGGUCGUGGCAGGCCGAAUGUCCGUUCUGUCGAAGGCGGCAAUGGACUUGCUACGAAGCCAGGGCCACGAAUUGGAUGUACCCGAUCUCUUCCAAACCUCCCUUGCGCCGUAUGACUUUGUCAUCAAUCUGCGGUCGAAGAUGUUGGGAGACCGCGCUGUAUCCAAAUUCAAGAACAUUGCCGAGGCAGAGGUAUCCGGUCGUGCGGGUAAGAUGGCCAUCGUCAAGGCAUUCGUUCGUGACGUUCAGGCUUGCUACGGUUCAAGCCUGCUAUUGUUCCACGGAGAUACCAGUGCCGAUGUCGUUGCUGGUAUUUGGAACCCGCAGACGCUGAAUCCUAAGAGUUGGAAUCUUAAGACUGCCUACUCGACUGCACCCGCGCCGGGCAAUGAUUCUACACAGCAGGAUCGCGUUGUGAUUAACCAGUCUGCGAUUUUGAACGAAAUUGCCAGACUUGGUGAAGGACUUGUUGAUACGAUAGAGAGCGGCAAAGUUGGAGCAUAG